AUGGCUGUCUCUUUGGCAUUGAACUGGAACCUUCCAGCAUCUACACCUCUUUUCGAUGAGAACAGUCCGCUACAUUCCGACGAAAAGCAGGGACCAAAUGUGACAGCUGCUCCCACUACUGAUGCUGGAUCUAAUGCACCUGGAUCAUCUGAGAGCAACCCACGUCAAGCAGAGAAUGCUACCGUCAAUGGAAUAGGUCAAUCUGCGCCCAACACAGCCGGAUCGGGCAUAGGAACAAAAACAUAUGCUGCUGCUGCAUCUUCUUCGCAACCUGCUUUUCCUCAAAUACCAAUGCCAAGUUACAGCGGAGCGGCAACGAGCUCGCAACCCGCCUAUGCUGGCAAUGUGGCAAACGCAUCCCCCUAUGAUGGCACAAAUACUUGGUCUGGGAAGUCGCAAACGAAUCAUGCAGGAAUACCGCAAUCUUUCGUGUCCGAGGAUGGUAGAAGAAUACGUUCAACGUCUGGUCCUCAAAAGCCUUCACAUUUGACGUAUAAUGAUACGUUACAGCAUUAUCCAGUCCCUCUACCCGCCGCGGCUCACAGUAGGUCUGCUUUACCACCAGGAGCAAUGCAUCCAACUGGAUUACCACAUACGGCAAGCAAUCCCUCUUUGAACUCCAACAAGGUAUACCAUCCAUAUAGGCGAACGACCAAAGGAUCGGAUGCUCCGCAAGUCAGUUCUGCAUUUACAGCUGGUCGAGGACCUCCAGUCUUGCCAAUGCCUGGACAAGUUGCUCAAUCCUCUUCACGAAUUCGUGCAUCAAGUACGAGCUCAAGCAGUACAGCGCGGGGCGAAGGAAAUACUUCACGGAUUCCGCCUUCUGCUGCGCCUAUUACAUAUUCAUCUGUUGCUUCAGGUGUAACAAAAGCUCCUGUACUUUCUAGUGCAACUGGUCAACUGCCAACGCCACAAGCUUAUCAAAGUCCAACUAAGGAAGUAUCACCAGUCAGUCCAAUGGAUAGCAAGAGUUCGUAUCGCGAGAGGUCAGGGUCAUCUGAGUCAUUCAAGUCUGCCAACUCAGACGUACAGACGCGCAAGACAUCAGUUUCUUCCCAAUCGAGCUCCAUUGAUUCUUCCGUGAAUGGAAAUACAGGUAUGAGCAAUGGUCGUUCUACUCCUGUACCACGCAAGCCAGCACCCUCGCCGUUAUCCAAGGGUAAUUACAACGAUGAAGACCCAGCCAAUAGCGAUGAUGAGAACACGAUUGGUGGCAGAACAACUCCUACACCAGGUGACAAACAAAAGAAAGGUCUUUCUGGCAAACUUCGCAAAGCUCUUUCGCUAUCCACUCUUCAACAAGUGGAAGCUGCUGCUGCUGCACCUGAUCGAGCUUAUGGAGGAAGGACAAAUGUGAUGACAAAGCGACCUGAUGGAAACCAUUACCCUCACGCUUCUUUGGAUACCAAUGGUUCUUCUGGUAGCACACGUUCUACUUCUCCUCCUCGUACGCCGGAUAACGGAGCACCCAUCACAGGUUCAUCCGCCGCCUCCAUCAGCUCGCGGAGAAGCACACGACCUCCAAUCAGCGGAGGUGAAAAUGCACCAAAGAGAAGUAUCUUUAAUCGAAAGUUCAACUCUUCCACGGAUAAUAUCUCAAUCUCAUCAACAGUCUCAAGUGCUUCGAUGAUGUUACGAAAAGUGGGCAACCUUGGAAAGCUUGCUCGAAGGAGUAACAUUAAAGGCAUCACAAACAUGUUCAACAAAGACAAGGACAGCGGCAAGGAAGGCUUGCAUAAUGAUGACUUUGGUACUUUGCCAACUUCAAGCCAACACGGUAAGAGCCAAAGCACAAGUUCGAACUUGUCUGAGUCAUCAAAGCGUGACGGCUUGAACGCCAAGAAAGGCAGUCCUGCUACAGCUUCAGUCUCACAUGCUACCGUGGAAUUGGAAGCAAGAAACAAUAAUGGCAGCAAUGACGUUGGUAUGACACCUGCUGCAUCGUAUGUUCGACAACAUCAAUUGCAAAUGCAAAUACGUGCAGAGAACGAACGAAUCGCAAGAGAAAAGGCCGAAGCGGAACGGAAGGCAAUGAACAAUGCAACUGGAAAAGCAAAGACGACGGACGACAUGAAUAGCAGUCAAAAGACCAUGAUUGAGAAAGAGAAGGAGCGGUUGAAGAACAAGCGUAGCAACAAGGGAGGAUGGCGUAAGCGUCUUGUUGGCUCUUUGGGAGGUUCAGGUGAUAUGCAAGAAGCAACUGGAUUGGAGACGAUGCCAUUGGAAGAUUCGAUGAAUCAACAAGGCCCAAUUCACCCAACCGGACAUUCGUACAACCCGCCUACAGGUGUUGGAGCUGCACCUUCAAUUGCUUCCAGUGCAGGUCCUCACAGUGCCGCAGCCAGUUUCAAUGAAACAAGCUUUGAUUCUGCAUUCGAUGAAGAUGAUUUGGAGCCACCGCAAAUGCCCGUUGUCAAUGAAGGAUACGAGUCAGGAGAUGAUUUCGAAACGGAUAGUUUGCGUCAUUGGGGUGAAGGCAUAGAACGUUCCCGUGAAAGUGCUGCCAAGAUCAAAUCUGUCAAGGGUAUCUUGAAGAACAGUACGUCCUUCAAUGAGCAAAUGAGUGCUCAACAAUUUGGAUCGGCAGGCGCGGUUGAAAAGCCAUUUGCUGGACGAAUCCGUGCAAAUAGCUAUGAUGCACCGCAAAAUACGACAAGUCAUCAAAGUUCCGUGCCACCUAUGUCUCAAAUGACUACUUCAUCUGCAUCUACCGAUCGCGUAGACGGGGUUGCAAAACCAUCUGAAGAGAACACGUCUGUAGACAUUGUUCCAGCCGAUGAACGUGCCAAAUUGGGAGGGGCAACUACGCCCACACAAGGAUCGAGUAGCAAUUUGGGUCAUCACCCCAAUUCAUCCAUGCCAACACUGUCGUUGAUGAUGAACCCAAACGCUUCAUCGACAGGACAGAGGAGUAUGACAGCUCCUCAAGGAAGGAAACGACUUGUAUUCGCUGAUGCACAUAUUUAUCAUUCCACGUGGCCUGCGCAUGUGUAUGAUAGACGUGGUGAGCUAGCAACUUGUAAUAGGCUCACACCUCUGUUGGCACAACGUAUCAAGGAAGAGUUGAAUACGUACAAGAUGGAAGAGAUGGCUGUUGCACCUUCCAGUCGUAUCCAUACACACUUUUUCGUUUAG